UCUCCAACAAGCUGCAGUGCCUUCACUCUCUCUCUCUUUCUCUCCCUUGAAUGGAAGAAUAGAAAGCUAAGCAGCUGUGUAAAGUUUCAUUUCUCUUCCAAGCUGAGCCCCCUUUACAUUACUCAUCAUUUACCUGCCACUCUCUCUGGAUGUGUUGUACCAGAGGGCAGUGUUGUUAAGUGUUUUAUGUGCUAGAGUGCAUAUAUACCCUCAGUAAUCCUGCUAGUAGUAAUAAACAACUUGUGGGGAACAUAUACACAGUGGAAACCUCCCUUAUAUUCUUCUCCGGUCAUGAACUCUCUACCGGCUUACUCAGGAGCUAGAAUAUCUGGCUGCUGGACUCUAAGAUCUGAUGGAAGUGGAGGUGGUGAGGGAUCACUGGACCGGCUCCUCCCCUCGGUCAGCACAGGCCUCUCACCCAGGAAAAGGACCACCAGUCAGUGUAAAUCUGAGCCUCCUCUCCUACGCACCUCCAAACGAACUAUUUACACCGCUGGCCGGCCGCCCUGGUACAAUGAACACGGAACACAGUCCAAAGAGGCCUUCGUCAUUGGCCUGUGUGGCGGCAGUGCUUCCGGAAAGACGACAGUGGCGAGAAAAAUCAUUGAAGCUCUUGAUGUUCCGUGGGUUGUACUACUCUCCAUGGACUCUUUUUACAAGGUCCUGUCUGAAGAAGAGCAAGCUUUGGCUGCCAGUAACGACUACAACUUCGACCACCCUGAUGCCUUUGACUUUGAUUUGCUGACACACACUCUGCGCAAACUCAAACAGGGCAAGAGCGUGAAAAUCCCAGUCUAUGACUUCACAACCCAUGGCAGACAGAAGGAGUGGAAAACCGUGUAUGGAGCCAGCGUUAUCAUCUUUGAGGGAAUCAUGGCCUUCACAGAUAAAAAGCUUCUGCAGCUACUGGACAUGAAGAUAUUCGUGGACACUGACUCGGACAUCCGGCUAGUGCGACGCCUGAGGAGGGAUAUUUCUGACAGAGGCCGAGACAUUGAGGGUGUAAUCAAACAGUACAACAAGUUUGUCAAGCCAGCAUUUGAGCAGUACAUCGAGCCCACCAUGCGCCUGGCUGAUAUUGUGGUGCCUCGUGGUGGUGGAAAUAUGGUGGCAAUAGAUUUGAUUGUGCAGCACGUACACAGUCAGCUAGAGGAGAGGAAACUUCGCUGGGAUAUGGCAGCCCUGGCCUCUGCACACCAGGCCCAACCCCUCCCCCAGACCCUCAGCGUUUUGGAGAGCACACCCCAAGUCAGGGGGAUGCACACCAUCAUCAGAAACAAGGAAACCAGCCGUGAUGAGUUCAUCUUCUAUUCCAAGAGGUUGAUGCGUCUUUUGAUUGAGCGGGCACUCUCCUUCCUCCCCUCACAGGUCCACGUAGUGCAGACCCCGCAGGGAGAGGAUUAUGAAGGCAGGACUUUCCAUGGGAAGAGGAUCACAGGCGUGUCUAUCCUGCGAGCUGGGGAGACCAUGGAGCCGGCUCUGAGAGCAGUUUGCAAAGAUGUCCGCAUUGGCAAGAUCCUCAUCCAGACCAAUCAGGACACAGGAGAGCCAGAGCUUCACUACCUGCGACUACCCAAAGACAUCAGUGAAGAUCAUGUGAUUCUGAUGGACUGCACAGUGUCAACUGGAGCUGCCGCCAUGAUGGCUGUUCGAGUUUUAUUGGACCAUGAUGUUCAGGAAGACAAGAUCCUGCUGGUGUCUCUGCUCAUGGCAGAAAUGGGAGUCCAUUCUGUAGCCUACGCGUUCCCACAGGUCAAAAUCAUCACCACAGCUGUGGACAAAAAGGUCAACGAUCUAUUCCACAUCAUACCUGGAAUAGGAAACUUUGGGGAUCGAUACUUUGGGACAGAUGCCCCCCCUGACUGGAGCGAUGAAGAGAUGGAUGAGCCCAGUUACUGAUUGAAUUUUUGGCACUGCACUGACUUCUGGGAAGAUUGAGGACUUUGCUCUUCGGAGGAUAAUAUGAGGAAAAACUGUUGCCUUUGCUGGGCCGUAACUUCUGCUCUACGGCCAAAAAGAGCACUAUGGAAAAAACUGACGCAAGACAGACAGUGCUAAUGUACAGUGACUUUGCUAGAUUUUAAAUUAUAUCAUUCUGUGUAAAUUCUGUUGUGUCAUAAAGUUUGAAAUAUUUUUAUAUGUACAGUAUCAGUCCAGAUGUUUGUUUAUACUGUGACAAUCUCUGCAUUGAAGUGUCAAGGCAUUUAUUUAAAGAAAAGAUACAUCUAGCCUUAAGCCGUGCACUGUGGCCGACUAAACUGAAUGUGCAGUAAAAAAAUUUGCACAUGCAGUGAAAAAAAAUCUUUCUUUAAUGGUUAUAUAUUUUACUGCGUACCUUCCUCACAACUUUCACAAAAGUUAAAUUAGAACACGAACUUGUGUUGCUCAACUUCCAUCGCCACAAGCACUUUCUGAAGGACCAUUCAAUUGGAAAAUGUGUAGGUGUAUCUGCCUCUUUUUUUUUAGCUCUCUGGUUCACCCUUUUCCUUCUCGGUUGAUGCUGACCUAACCAGUGGAAAUGGGUGUUAAAAGCAGUUUUUCAUUAUACAGCUUAAAGUAUGCUCUCGUGGUAUGCAGCAUGUCCUUCAUUUACAUAUUUUAGCUAUGGAGAGAUCUGACCAGUGAGCAGGCGAGUCAGACAUCUUUUUAUUGCUAUGAAAAAUGGGUCAAUGCAUUUAACCAACACAGCACAGAUUAUUUCUGUCUCACAUUCUACUCUUCAUGGAGUUUCUUAUGAAGAGCAGAACGUUCUUUUAAUGAACAGCGUUCCUCUAAAGGGUUGAGGAUGCAUAGGAUAAGUGCCUGUUGUGUUUUACAUGGUAUCAGAAUGUAAAUGUUGGAAAAAGACUGUGCCUUUUUUAUGUCAUGUUCUACUAAAGAGAUGGUUUGACAAUGUUAUUUGCCACACAUAAAAAAAAAUCCAUCACUUUUGAUUUCAUUUUAUUAAUGAAUGGAAUGAGCUAUGAGAAUAUGGAACCCAUGAAGGUCAAAAAAGCGAGAUGCUUUUAAGUUGUGCACACUUAAAUUAGCCUAUCUGUAAGUUACAAUCUUGCACUGACAAGAUGAUUUUAUUUUGCACACAAGUUAACUAUAUUGUUUGCAAGAUAUACAUUUUCGCAAUACAUUGCACACACAAGAUACUUGCAUGCACUAUAGACAUAUUUCCACAUUAUCAUAUGUGUAUAAAAGUCAUCUUGUGUGCCCAAGAUAGCAUCCACAUUAUCUUUUGGAUACUGUUUGCACAAAAUAAACAUUUGCCCAAAUACAAUCAUGCUUUUCUUGUGGUAACAAAUUAAAAUGAGUGCACAAAUAUUACCUUGAGUGCACAAGAUGAUUGUGGGAACACAUAUUUUUGUGCCCAUAAUAAUGACUCAAAAAUGUUAAAUUAUCUUGUGCGACACUAAUCUUGUCUGCACUAUAUAAAACUUAUUUUUUCUGUGGGAGCGUGUGUUAAUCUUGUGCUGAUGAGAUUUUUAUUUUACACAGAAGUAGUAUUAGAUAGGACAAUAACAAGUAUUCACAAACGAGAUUUUUUUUAUUUUCUCCCCUUAAACAAGAUGUAUUACACACUCUUGAAAUAAUUACUUGUGUGCAUGAUCUAAAAGUUUUCUACAUAAUAAUUUGUCAUUUACAAAAGUUAUCUUUUGUGCAGAAGAUAAUGUGCACAUAUGUCUUAAGAAAAUCACAUUAUCUUGUGCAUAUUGUGUGCACAAAACACAUAUUUCACCUUGUACAAGAGGAAAAACCAUGUUUUCUUUGUGGUAGAAAAUUAAACUGAGAGCAGAAAUUAUUAUCUUGUUGUAUAUGUGGAUACACUUCUUUUGUGCAAAAUAUUGACUCUAGUUGGCACGAAUUUAAAUUUUUCACUUUGUCUUGAGUGACAAUAAUCCUGUCAACACAUGAUUAAGUUUUUGCACAAUGAAAAAAAAAAAAAUUUUGUGGGAACGAGUGAUAAUGUUGUGCCGACGAGGUUAAUUAAUUUGCACAAAAGUAAUAAUAUGGUUCAUCAGAUAAGACGAGCAUGCACAAAGUAGAAAUUUCCCCAUUAUGUGCACUAUAUAAAAAUAUUCACAUUAUAAUUUGUCAUAUACACAAGUUAUCUUGUGUAGCAUGCCCAAAUCGUUUUGAUAAAAACUAGUACUUUCUGGAUACUGUGUGCACGAAUAAAAAAAUAUGUAUUAAAAUAGUUAUGUUGUUGAAAUGUUCAAUUAUCCUGUGUGACAAUUUAUAAACCUGUGCACACAGGAUAUCUUGUUUUCAUAAUAAAAACAUUUCUUGCGCACACGAUAAAGGGAAUAGCUUGUACGCACAGUUAAAGAAAUCUUUAUGUAGUGUGACAAAUUAUAAUCUUGUGCACACAGGAUCACUUGUUUGCACAAUAUUAAAAAAAAGUUAGAUUUUUUUUUCUUUUGGCAACAAGUUUUAGUAUGUGUACGUUAUUUUUCUUGCAUGCACAAGAUAAUUAUCCGGUGGGCUCGAAUGGCAUUUUUUAGGUCAUGAUCUUGUGCAGACAGGAUAUUUAUACUGUGUCCAAAGAUGAUCAUUUAUACACACAAUUCAAAAGCAAAUCAUUUUAAUUAUCUUGUGUGCACCUCAACAGUCAUUUCACUUGUACAAACAAGACCAUAAAGACAAAAUGUUUAGAAUUUUUGACCUUCAGAGGUUUUAUAUAUCCAGUGGUUAGUUCUGCAUUUAAAGUUCUUUUGAUAUCAUUAUGCAAGGAUCUUCAGCUUCAGUUUCAGUCAUUUCAUGUUUACAACAAAAAAUAAAGAUCACAGUUAUCCUGUACACCUGAAAUUGGUGCUUAGAAACAUAGUUUUGUUUGAAUUUUGGAAAGAAACAGAUGCAUAAACAGAGGAAAACAUCAAACAAAGUAAGUUCCUCCUGUUGGUUCACCUUUAAUUUUCCAUUCAGUCAUCUGCUGCUGUACAGUUUGUGCUUACUGCUGAAUACAUCUGUUAGUGAGUCAUACUGUACUGAAAGUCCAUUGAUUGUUCACAGCCUGUGUGCUGCUCUGUUUCCAUAUC